AGACUCGAGGGUUGAUUUGGCUUAUGAUUCGAAGAAAUGGGGAGAAGAAUCCGGAGAAUACGCAGAAGCUGGCAAAGAGAAAGCAAAGAGAAUACGCAGAAGCUGCCAAAGACAAAGCCAAGGACAAAGCUUAUGAUAUGAGAAGACGAGAGAUUAUGCAGAAGAAACUAAGGACAAAAGAAGAUACAAAAGAUUAUGCAGAAGAAACACAGGGUGAAGUAGAUGAGCAAGCCAGCAGGGCAGCUGACAACGCCUACGAGAAAGAGAGAGCCAAGGAUUAUGCAGAGUACUCAAAGGAGAGAGCAGAGGAUAUGGCUUAUGGGUUUAAGGAACUAUUUUCCCGUGGUCGAAAGCUAAAUAUCUUCAGGAUGUUGGGGAGAAGACUAUGGAGACUGUUAAAGAUGCGUGGGAGACGGGAUAGAAAGUAUAACCCGGGUCCAAAAUCUAGAACGAUUUUAUUUCAUUGUUAUCGACGCCGAAUUCUUCUUUCAAGGUUUUGCGGCGAGAAGAUGGAAGAAGCGAAAAUUGAAGAGCCAGUUUGCGAAGAUAGGAUUAGCAAGUUGCCCGAAGAUUUGCUCGUAUCGAUAUUGAGUCAUGUCCCGACAAAAACAGCAGUUGACACCAUGUUUCUGUCGAAACGGUGGCUCUCUAUUUGGUCAAUGGUACCUACACUUGAGUACAAAGACAAGGAAGAUGAGGGAGAAAGCAAAAAGAGCGUUUGGUGGUUUCUUGACAAGUCAUUGCAACACCACAAGGCUCCUGUAAUAGACAGCCUAUGCGUGGAACUCGGUUCACGAUGUCCUACUGAUGCUGAUGUCGGAAAGUGUGUAGCAAACGCUGUUGAUCGCCUCGUGCUUGAGUUAGAACUCAAGCUCGAGUGGUCCGCAGAUCCAACGAGAUUGCCCAACAGCCUUUACUCAAGCAAGUCUCUCGUGACACUGACUCUCUCCCACAAGAUUCUCGUGGAUUUCCCUAAUUCUUCUUCUUGUCUCACAUCCCUCACAACUCUCAGGCUUUACUUUGUGGUGUACAAAGACGAUGAUUCUCUCCCUAGGUUUUUAUCGAGCUGCCCUGUUCUCAAGGUUCUGUUUGUGGAACGACGGAAGGGUGACAAUGUGAAAAAGUUCAUUGUGAAAGUUCCUUCUUUAUGCUUCUUUGUUUAUGGUAAUGUUGAAGGAGUAGUCGACAUUCAUAGCUCAUUGGUUAUUGAGACUCCGGCAUUAAUGUACUUGACCGUCAUGGAUAUAUCGGGAGCCUCUUACUCGAUCGAGAAUAUGCCUCGUCUUGAGUUUGCAGAUAUCGGUUAUGUGGCUUUCCAAGAUGAUGGAGUUAUUUUAACAUCUCUUUCUUCUGUCUUUUAUCUUGAGUUGUAUUUGAAUGCUGAAAUGCUUGUGAGUUGUAGCGCCGUCAACUUCUCUCGACUUAUACAGUUAAAAAUACAUGCAGAAUCCGAUUGGUUGGAAUCACUUAUGCUUUUACUUGGAAAUGCUCCAAAACUAAGAAAGCUUAUGGUUGAUUAUGAAUAUAGUGAUCAAUCCAAGGAUCUCCCACUUUCAUGGAACAAACCGAAGUCUGUUCCAGGAUGUUUGUCGUCACAGUUGGAAAUAUUUGAGUGGGAAAGCUAUGAAGACAGUGAAGAAGAGGAAGAGUUGUUGACCUAUAUCCUCGCUAACUCCAAGUCUUUAAAGACGGCGACAAUCUCUAUGAGAUUCGGUCUUGAAGAUUUGAUCAUGGACAAGUUGAAAGAUAUUCCUAGGGCUUCAACAGCAUCUCAGCUAUUGUUCAAAUAUGCAACUGUAUCAUAUAUGGGACAAGCU